GCCAUGUGUCUGGCAGUUGCCCUCAUCCUGGCUGUGCUGGCCUCCCAGCAUGGGGUGAAGUGCAACCCCCAGAUAGAUGUGGCUACGGCUGAGCAGAUGCAGUGGCGUGAGAAGUAUCUGAAUCAGCAGAUGACUCGGCUGCUGCAGGCGAUUGAGGGGAGCAGGGUUGCACAGCAGGGCAUAAUUGACAUGUGCAAGGUGCUGAAGGAGCUGGUAGAUGACCUCCUUGGUGUCUGCCGAGUGCUUUGCAAGAAGACUUCCAUGCCACAGAUGCACCGGGCUGUUGGGAUUAACGGCAGCUAUGAAGGCUGGCUGGUCGAGAAGGACAGCAUUGUCUACCGCCUGCUUGUGUUCCUGCAGCCACCCCCUGGGCACUCAUUCAGCCUGGAGCUGGACACCAUGGGGCAGCUGCCAGCAAGGACCUCCAGCAUCUAUGUGGGACUGCAAUGCAUGUGCCUGAAGGAGCAGCUGCUGAGCAAUACGCUCUGCUUUCUCCACCACCGUGACGACAAGCUGCGGAGGGAUCGGAGCUCGUACGUCCUAUGUACCCUCUGCACAGGCUUCUACUUAGAUGUGGAGAAAAUCGCCUUCUGGGCCCAGCGGUUGGCAGAGGCCAGCUUCACCAGCAGCACACCGUGGCCAGAGAUCUGCGCUGCUGUUGAGAUGCAGCUUUUCAGGCUCAUGGCGUGGCACACCCAGCAGGACAAUUUCCACCUCAGAGUUCUGCAGCUCUGCGCCCGUAUCCUGUCAGGUCACAUGCCUGUGGCCCUGAGGACCUACUUGCAUGCUGGUGGGGCCCGGGUGACAACUUUGGACAGUGGGCCAGAGAACCAGCUCAUCCCAGAGACUGCCUGGGGAGCCUGUGCUGCAGAUCUGAGCAAACUAGGCAUGGAGACGACACCGCACAAGAGGAGCUGA